AAACAGAAAAAAAGAUAUUUAUGAAGAAACAGUUUUAUUAAUUAAAAAAUUUAGUUCUUGAAAAGUUCUCAUAAGCCAAAAUUUGAGUUGAAAAAUUGUAUAACGACGAAAAGACAACAAAAUCACAUUGACGUUGCAAAAAAAUAUCAAGUGCGCGACAGCUUACACAGCUUUUUGAGAGAUAAAAAAUGUUGAGAAUUGAAAACAAACACUUGCUAGUUCUUUUCAAAAGCAAAGAAAUUUCUCUUGAAUUUGGUGAUUGUAACAAAUAGUGAUUAGUGAACGAAGUCCGCGAUUAUAAUAGCUUAUCUAGCCGUGAGAAACAAUCCCUCGUAUUCCGUUGAUAUCUGACGCAGAGAAAUGGCUGCUCCACCAGCUGCUUUGGUUAACCGAAAUAAGAAGCAUUUUAUGGGGAUUCCGGCUCCUCUUGGGUAUGUUGCUGGUGUUGGCAGAGGUGCUACCGGAUUCACUACUCGUUCUGACAUUGGUCCAGCAAGAGAUGCGAAUGAUGUAUCUGACGAUCGUCAUGCUCCCCCCAACAAAAAAAAGAAAAAGGAAGAAGAGGAAGACGACGAUGAAGAUUUGAAUGAUUCAAAUUACGAUGAAUUUUCCGGCUACGGUGGAUCAUUAUUCAGUAAAGAUCCGUACGAUAAAGAUGACGAAGAAGCGGACAUGAUCUAUGAAGAAAUUGACAAACGAAUGGACGAAAAGAGAAAAGAGUAUCGAGAGAAACGUUUGAAAGAAGAAUUAGAAAAGUAUCGUCAAGAAAGACCUAAAAUCCAACAACAAUUCAGUGAUUUGAAACGUGGUCUCAUUAACGUUUCGGAAGAAGAAUGGCAAAGUAUUCCCGAAGUAGGUGAUGCUCGUAAUCGAAAAACCAGAAACCCGCGAGCUGAGCGGUUCACUCCUUUACCCGAUUCCGUUCUUUCGAGAAGUCUUGGUGGAGAAACGUCCACUUCAAUUGAUUCUUCGAGUGGUAUUAUGAGUCAAAUUCCUCACGCUACUCCUGGUAUGUUGACUCCUAGCGGCGAUAUAGAUUUACGUAAAAUGGGUCAAGCUAGAAAUACUUUGAUGAAUGUAAAACUCAAUCAAGUAUCAGAUUCCGUUUCUGGGCAGACAGUUGUUGAUCCGAAAGGUUAUUUGACUGAUUUGAAAAGUAUGAUACCCACCUACGGUGGCGAUAUUAAUGACAUUAAGAAAGCUCGCUUACUUUUAAAGUCUGUCCGAGAGACGAAUCCGAAUCAUCCACCAGCAUGGAUCGCAUCUGCUAUUUUGGAAGAAGUAACUGGUAAAGUUCAAUCGGCCAGAAAUUUAAUUAUGAAAGGUUGUGAACAAAACCCAAAAUCCGAAGAUUUGUGGUUAGAAGCAGCUCGUUUACAACCGCCUGAUACCGCUAAAGCUGUAAUCGCUCAAGCUGUUAGACAUAUACCUACUUCCGUACGUAUUUGGAUCAAGGCUGCUGAUUUGGAAGUCGAAACCAAAGGUAAAAGACGCGUUUAUCGUAAAGCUCUCGAGCAUAUUCCCAAUUCGGUGCGUCUUUGGAAAGCAGCUGUCGAACUCGAAGAACCGGAAGAUGCACGGAUCUUACUCAGUCGUGCCGUCGAAUGUUGUCCCACUAAUGUGGAAUUAUGGCUCGCUUUAGCUCGAUUAGAAACCUACGAAAAUGCCAGAAAAGUGCUGAAUAAAGCUCGUGAAAAUAUUCCAACCGAUCGUCAAAUUUGGACAACUGCUGCGAAAUUGGAAGAAGCUCAUGGUAACAUGAACAUGGUGAAUAAAAUUAUCGAUCGAGCCAUUAAUUCGUUGAACGCCAAUGGUGUAGAAAUUAAUCGAGAACAAUGGUUCAAAGAAGCCAUGGAAGCUGAAAGUGCUGGUUCAGUACAUACCUGUCGUGCUAUAAUCAAAUGUAUCAUCGAGUACAAUGUUGAAGAAGAGGAUCGUAAGCAUACGUGGAUGACCGACGCCGAAACUUGUAUUUCUGCUCGAGCAUUCGAAUGCGCAAGAGCUGUUUUCGAACACGCUCUCAGCGUUUUCCCACGUAAAAAAUCUAUCUGGCUGAGAGCUGCUCACUUCGAAAAAAGUCACGGUACGCGCGAUUCGUUGGAAACAUUAUUACAAAAAGCCGUUGCUCAUUGUCCUAAAUCAGAAAUUCUAUGGUUGAUGGGAGCUAAAUCAAAAUGGAUGGCUGGUGAUGUUCCUGCUGCUCGAGGUAUAUUAUCGUUAGCUUUCCAAGCGAAUGCCAAUUCCGAAGAAAUUUGGUUAGCUGCUGUUAAAUUGGAAUCCGAAAACAACGAGUUUGAAAGAGCUCGUAGAUUAUUGGCUAAAGCUCGAGGUUCCGCUCUAACGCGUCGAGUUAUGAUGAAAUCCGCUAAAUUAGAAUGGUGUUUGAAUGAUUUAGACAGCGCAUUAGAUCUACUCAGUGAAGGUGUUACUAAAUUCCCCGAUUAUGCUAAACUGUGGCUGAUGAAAGGCCAAAUCGAAGAGCAAAAAGGUGAACUAACAAAUGCCCAUAGUACGUAUAACGCAGCUUUAAAAGAAUGUCCCACUUCGGUUGCAUUAUGGUUGAGCCUUUCUCGUCUAGAAGAGAGACAAAAUAAUCUAACGAAAGCGAGAUCCGUUCUAGAACGAGGUCGAUUGAAAAAUCCUCAUAAUCCAGAAUUAUGGCUGGAAGCUGUCCGUCUCGAAGUUCGUGCCGGUUUAAAAGAAAUAGCUCAUAAACUAAUGGCUAAAGCUCUACAAGAAUGUCCCGAAGCUGGUAUUUUAUGGGCUGAAUCAAUAUUUUUAGAAGCUCCUCCGCAGCGUAAGACCAGGAGUGUGGAUGCGCUGAAGAAAUGCGAACAUGAUCCUCAUGUACUUCUAGCUGUAUCAAAAAUGUUCUGGAGUCAAGGUAAAGUACAAAAAGGUCGAGAUUGGUUUAAUAGAACUUUGAAAAUUGAUUCUGAUUUGGGUGAUGCGUGGGCCUACUUUUAUCGUUUCGAGAAAAACAGCGGAACUGAAAAAACCCAAGAAGAAGUCAAAGAACGUUGUAUCGCCGCUGAACCUCAUCACGGCGAAAUAUGGUGCAGUGUUUCGAAAAAAAUUGAAAAUUGGAAAUUGACCACUGAACAGAUAUUGUACAAAGCGGCAAAUGAAAUUACCGUUCCUAAAUAAUUUGUAAAUACUUAUUUGUUUUAUGUUCAUUAAACCAGUUAUUUUGCUUAGAUACUAUACGAAUGUGUGCCGAUGUACAAUAUAUAAUUUUAUUACCAUGUA